AUCGCGUUGUCCCGCCUGGCGCGCCCACUGCGCCUGCCGGUGGCCACUCGCGUGGUGCUCAUCACCGGCUGUGACUCUGGUUUUGGCAAGGAGACGGUCAAGAAACUGGAUGCCAUGGGCCUCACGGUGCUGGCCACCGUGUUAGACUUGAAUGGCCCCGGUGCCCUAGAGCUGCGUGCCUGCUGUUCCCCUCGCCUAAAGCUGCUGCAGAUGGACCUGACCAAGGCAGCGGACAUUAGCCGAGUGCUGGAGUUCACCAAGUCCUACACCAGCAACACAGGCCUGUGGGGUCUGGUCAACAACGCAGGCCACAAUGACAUAGUGGCCGACGUGGAGCUGUCUCCCGCGGCCGCAUUCCGAAACUGCAUGGAAGUGAAUUUCUUUGGUGCACUGGAUCUGACCAAGGGUCUCCUGCCACUGCUGCGCCGCUCAAAGGGGCGCAUCGUGGCUGUGGGCAGCCCAGCUGGAGACAUGCCAUACCCGUGCUUGGCAGCCUAUGGGACCUCUAAGGCAGCCAUGGGGCUGCUCAUGGACAUAUUCAGCUGUGAACUCAUUCCCUGGGGCGUCAAGGUCAGCGUCAUCCAGCCUGGCUGCUUCAGAACAGAGUCAGUGAUAAACGUGAGCCACUGGGAGAAGCGCAAGCGACUGCUGCUGGCCAGCCUGCCCAGAGAGCUGCUGCAUGCAUACGGCGAGGACUACAUCGAGCACUCGCACGAGCAGUUCCUGCAUUCACUGAGCCUGGCGCUGCCCGACCUCAGCCCGGUGGUGGAUGCCAUCACUGAUGCGCUGCUGGCAGUUCGGCCACGCAGCCGCUACUACCCGGGCCAUGGCCUGGGGCUCAUGUACUUCAUCCACCACUACCUACCUGAGAGCCUGCGGCGCCGCUUCCUGCAGAGCUUCUUCAUCAACCCCUGUCUGCCUCGAGCACUGCGGCCAGGGCAGCCUGGCCCUACUCUGGCCCAAGAUGCAGCUCAGGACCCAAACCUCAACCCCAACCCCUCCCCAGUGGCAGCUCGGUGAGCGGUAUGCAGCCUAGUUGAUCCACCACAGGGGGCUCCAUGAGUCCCUGGCCUGCCCCCUGGGAGGCAUUAUGACCCCCCCCACCCCCUUUUACCUAGAGCCUUGGUUCUAAAGAACCCUAGUCCCCCACUGCCCAGGGCCAGUCCAGGCUAGGUGAGGAUGAGUUUCCCUGUGAGCCUCUGGGCCGACCACUGCUUCAUGAGCCCAAACAGACCCUCUUGUACAUAAUACUCCACCCUGCAGCUCGGAGAGCCACCCAGCUGGAUGGGGAGUUUAGCGUAAGACUUCACUGUAGCCUUUAAAUAGGUCCUUGCAGGCUUGUGUCUCUGCAAACUGAGUGACCGGUUGGGUGGGUGGGGGUCCCCUCAGGACCAUUCCUCAGCACCAGUGCCUCAGUGCUCUCAUUGAAGGGGAAAUCUCAACUCUCUCUUGACUGGCUCAAGAAUGAGGGUCCCUGGGCCAGCUCUGUUGUUUGGUAGUUAAAGGAUCUGCAUGCCAGUCUGAGUCCCAGGCCCAGAGGUGUGAGAAACACGCCAGGUGUGCAUGUGCACGCCCAUGCCCCAUCCUUGGGUGCUCCCCCCUCUUGUGAGCACAUGUGUCCUCUGGCAAAUUUUUAAAAAAAUGAAUUUGGGCCCCACCCAUCCACCCCCAAUUCCCUCAAGUCACAGGGAAGCUGUAUACCCUAUUUGCCUGAUUGUCACUUUUUAAAUAAAGACACAUUUUUAUUUCUCCUAGAAUGGGGGAGA